CGGCGAGGCCCGGGGAGCAGCGGGGCAGCAAUGGCGGAGCCGGAGGCCGCGGCCGAGGACCUGGACGCCCUCAUCGACGACCUGGACUACCUCCCCGGCCACUUCCACCUGGAGAUGCAGCUGAACUUCGAGCCGCGCUCGCCGGCCUCGCUCCGCGCCCGGGAUCUGAAGCUGCAGCGGGACGGCCUGCGGCAGGAGCUCGAGCUGGCGGCCGCCCCGCAGCGCCCCGCCGUGCGCCACCUCCUGGGCGCCUUCGCCUUCUACCUGGAGGAGCUGGACGAGGCCCGCGAGCGCUUCCUCGAGGUGGCCCGUGAGGACCCGGGCAACCUCAACGCCUGGGCCAACCUGGCACACGUGUACGGACGGCUGGGGCAGGAAGAAGAGGAGGAGGCGUGCGCCGGGCGGCUGGCCGGCCUCAUGGGUCUGGCAGCCGACCCGGAGACCACAGAGGUCCCCCAGCUCCGCGCCGCGCGCUGCCUGGCGGAGCAGGGCUACGCGCACGGCUUCGACGUGGGCUGCGCCAGCCCCGAGGAGCGCGCGCGGGUGCUGGCCGCCGGCAUCGCGCUCUACGACAAGGCGCUGGGCUACGCGCAGCAGAUCCCGAUGGAGGAGAAAAGGGGCUGGUAUUUCACCAUGGCAACGCUCUUCAUCAGGCUAGAUGGCAUCUUCCUCGAGCUGGGCAGCGAGGAGCAAAAGAGGCUGCCCGCCUUCAACCGCACGCUGGCCCUGCUCCGGCAAGUCCUCAAGUCCUCGGACCCCCACCACCAAGCUCUGGGCUGGUGCUACCUUGGGAUGCUGCUGGAGAGGAAGGACACCUUCUCCACCACACCCAUGGGCAUCCACGACUGCGGGUACUCGGGGACCGACCCCCUGGACUGCUUUGGCAAGGCCAUCGAGAUUGCCAAAGGCCAAGCCUCCAUCCUGAAUCGCCUGGCCAAAAUCUUCCACUUCCUAGGAAAGCAGGAUAUGGCCAUUGGCACCUGCAACAUGGCCCUGGAUGUCCUACGAGAUCCGGAGCUCAACUGGCAGGCGUACUGCACAAGGGCCAAGAUCCACAUCAGAGCCUACCUGCACGACCUGGAGCGAGGCAAGAUGGGGCUCGGGGGCAUGCCUGACAGGAACCACCUGGCCUGCGCCAAGGCCGACCUCGAGGAAGUAGUCAAGGUGUGCCCAGGCCUCAGGACCUACCUGGACAUCGGCCAGGUCUACUACUACAUGGGCGUGGACGCGGUGCAGGAGCUGCUGGCGGUGGACGAGGCGGCGCUCAACCAGGCGCUGGUCUUCCUGGCCAAGGCCGGCGAGUCGGAGCUGGGCGCCACGCUGCCCGAGCUGCAGCUGCUGCGCGGCAAGUGCCUGCGCAUCAAGGGCGAGGAGGCCAACGCGGCGGCCUGCUUCAAGCGCGCCGUGGAGCUGGACGACGCGGGCUCCAGCCACACCGAGGGCUUCGGCUGCCCGCUCGAGGCGCUGCUGGCGCAGUGGAGCCAGGCGCAGCUCAGCGACGGCGAGCUGGGCCGCGAGGUGGACGCGUGGCUGCGCCGCGCCCAGGGCAAGUACCCGGCGGCGCGCCUGCGCCAGGAGCUGCAGCGCGUGUGGCGCGGCCACACGGGCGAGGUGCUGGGGCUGGCCCGGGCCUUGGUGGCCCAGGGGCGCCCGGCGCUAGUGCGCCUGCUCUUCGAGACCAUGGAGCGCGAGCGCGUGGGCGCGCCGCGGGGACGCCGCGCCUGCUCCGUCUGAGGGUCGUCGAGGCCCCGCCCCGUCCACAGCUGACUGGACCAGGUCGGGGCGCUGGAAAUGGACCCGCCCUGCUAUAGGCUGGCGGUGGAGCGGGGCCAAUUAGAUCCUCUGUCGGGAACCGCAAGCGGGGCGUGGAGGCGCCAGCGCAGUUAGACGUGCCCGCCAGGCAGAAAGGCUUGGUUAAGGAGAGCAGGGGAGGCUGGGGCCAGACUCGAGAGGCCACCGGGAAGCUGCCAAAUGAAGGACAGAAUUGUGCAAAUAUGCAGAAAAAAUGAGAUGGCCGAGAGUCUCCAAAGAGAAACAGAAGAUAAUCGCCUCCAUUUGGGAGGCUGUCUAGUCCCCGUGCGCAGCCCCUGAGGCCUGACCGCCUGUCCUUGCAUUCCCGUGAGCCACACUCUGUUCUCGUAAUAAAGCCCUGUUGACUUAAGUUGGCCGGAGUGGGUCUUGGGUCCUGCAGCCAGGAAAGCCGGAGCUAGAGCAGAGGGCAAAGAAAUCUGCACAGUGAGCGGGUAAGGGGCCGGCGGAGUCUACGCCUGUGCUCAGGGCUCUUUCCACCCGUCUAGCAGUCUUCCAGCCGGCCUCACCCUUGGUCAGCUUGGUCUGGAAGGCCCGGAUACUCCCUGAAAUAAAGCCAUCAAGAGAACCUCUGCUUGACUUCCCUGUUCUUGGGGGGAACCUACGGGCCCCACCCAUGAAGAAGUACCACCUGUGCCCAAUCUUGAACCUUUUACAAGAGAGUGAAGAAAAUCUUGGAAUUUUACACUGUUGGAAUCGUAGUCACAGAAUCUUAGAUGUGGAAUUUUAUUGUCAAAGGCUUAGACUCUGCUGCCAAAUCUUAGACUGGCCAAGCUGGAUUCUUGUGGCCCCACCUACAAGAGCUAACUUAAUCUAAAAUUCCAGAUUAAGUUCUUGCCAGACUCCAGGAAUGCUGGUUGGACAUAACUGCAAUGGCAAGACGCCUAUGAUGGUUUGUGAUUUAUUUUGCAUUUUCCCCUUUCUUUAAAGACUUAUACUCACUGCUUUGCUGAUCUCCCUGAUCCUCAGACUGUACCAGGGACAGGCCAGCAGCCCUGCACUGCUUCUCAUGUCUCCAGCGACAGAUGGAGAACAGACUGAGAAGUGCAGUCCUCAGAGGUCACACACUGCCAUCCUCUCAUUGCACAGAUGGCAAGAUUGAGAGCCCUAGAAGAGAAGGGGCUUGCCCAAAGUCAUACUUCCUAGCCUCUCCACCCCUGUACUCAGACUUACUUCUAGCACUUUUCAGGUUUGUAAAAAUACUAAUAAACUGAUUAACACUGAAGCAUUAAUUUUUUUUGCUUUAAGGGUUUGUGUAUCAC